UUUACAGACACGAAUCAUGUAUAAUGAUAUCAGUACCUCCUGAUGGGUGUGUAAUAAUUCCACUGGUUUAUUCUGUUUGUAGAUGCUGUGACAAUGGAGUUAAACUGCGCUGAACUACCUCUUUAUGGACAGGUGACUAUACAUGCAAAAUUUGACAAAAACAUUUACCUCCCAGAGGACGCUGAAUUUUACUUUGUUUAUGGCGGAUCCCUGAAAAGAUACAUAAUGUUUGCUGAGCUUAGUGACAAUGCUCUUCAGUCCAUAGUUCCAGGCCAUGGAUGCCAAGAAGCAGUUUCUGUCUCAUUAAUGUACACAGGGAGUUACUCACCUCUGGUACUCAGCAGCUGUCCCAUCACUUACAGAGAGAAUCUGUCUUGCAAGUUGUCUUGCUUUCUGGUCAGUCAUGCAGAAUGUCUCACUGCCACUAAUCAAAAGCUGUUGCUGGAUAAAUUUGGGCUAAGGAUGAAAGAUCUGCAGUUGCUGGAGGCCAUUGCUUAUGAAGAAUUGCCAUUGACCUGGAACACCCUUGGACACUGCCCAGAAGAGUCUAAACAUAAAGAAACUCUUCUCCAGCUUGUGAUCAAAUUGGGCUUGGUUAAGCUUUUGCUGUUCCUGGAAGCCCAGCCUGGAGGGUCAUUGUCAUUAGCAUUAUCUAGUGAGGAGGGAGCAACACCAUUAGAUUUGUCUUUUCAACAUGAACACUCCAAACUAGUUGAGCCCUUCACAAACUUCCAGGGCAGUCACUUGCUUGACAUUGCAAGAGCAGAGAUCUGCGAUGGUGCCUGCGUGCAGUUUGUUCAUGCACUGGGAGCUCUGAUGCUGACAUUUAGCCACACUGCACAGCACUUACUGGAGUUGCACAUUAAGCUCUUCAGAAAAUACUUCUGGGACAGACCUCCUCUUUACCAGAGUAUUAAUUCCAACCAAGUUGAGACAGUGGAAGGUCCAAAAAUGCCCUGCAGUACAACAAGCUCUGUAGAAGGUCCCAUUGUUGGCUUCUUGGAGGUAUCUAAAGAUGACACUUUUCCUUUCUAAGACUACGUGGUUCCUUUGAAAGAAAAUGAAGAUCAUGUCUUGUUGGGCAUUGAGCACAGACACUCUACCCUUGAUCUUCUUAGGAAAUUGAAGUAUCCCCCUACUUUCUUUGCUGCAACCAGACUUUCUGCCAUGCUGAGUGGAAGUGAUGAAGUAUAUGCAAACUGCAUGGUAGUAGACCAACAGACUGGAAAUUUAAAGACUGGAGAUGGUGUCAGCAGUGAAAUGUGUCUGAAUCCCACCAGCUCAGUCCCGAUGGCUAAGAGCUCUUCAUCUCCCUCCCUUGAAGAGAAUGAUCAAUAUACGUAUGUUCCAAAUGAAGGAAGUCAAAGACCAGGAUUAAGACAUACCAUUUCACCUUCUCAUCUACAUGUAGCAGAUUUGUAUCUUCCAUUCAAGACCCAUGGAUUUAUUAAGGAUCGGGGCCAACUUUAUGCUGACAUGAAAAGAAGAAGUUCAAGUCUCGAUGACCUCGAAGUAGAUGGUGGAAGUGGAGGUGCUUUGGACAGAUCCCAUGUUUAUUACCCUCCCCCCGGCUCUUCAGAGGCCAUGGCUUCUAGCAGAGAUGGAUUAGACUUAUCUACCAGUCUGCAGCCCAAGGAAUGCACGGUGUUUGGGAUUCGGUCACGCUCCUAUUCCUGCUCCUCACCCAAAGGUUCGGUAGGAAGACCUCGUAUUCCUCGGGACUUUGCAGUUCAGGAUUCAAAUCAAGGUCAGCGAGCAUACAGUCUGCCCGAGCAGUCCCGAGAGAAAAAGUACGGGAUUCAGGAGGAGGAAUGGAAUAAAUAUAUUGUACCCUCAAAAAAUGAGUCUGAAAAAUGUAAAGUGAGUCGGACUUUCAGUUUUCUGAUGAACAGAAUGACCAGCACACGAAAUAAAUACAAGACAAAAAAUAAAGAUACCAAAGAUAAAGAGAAACUUAACAGACACAAUUUUACAAAUGGAACCUUCCCAGGAGUUAUGCCAUGUAUGGUCUGUGAAAAGGCCCUCCUAGGAAAAGAGUCACUGCAGUGUUCUUAUUGCAACGUGAUUGUACAUAAAAGCUGCAAGGAGCACACUCCUAUGUGCACCAAGAAAUCCCAGGAGAGGUACCAUAAUAAAAACAAGCCCCAAGCUGGUGUAACAAAUUCCUUGCCUGGAGACACUCCACAGAUGGUGCUCUCCUCAGUGCAUCCUUCUUCCUCUGUGCCUAUUGGACUCUCUUAUGGAAAGAGGGAAGCCUCACAACAGUCCUACUUCUUGUCUAAAAGUGUCCCCAGUGACAGUUUCGAAAGAAGACCUACACAAUUUUCUGAACAAGACUCUGAGACGAGCCCUUGGAGGUACAAGUCACAGUCUGAAGAGAUGUUACAAGCAUUAGGGACCUUUUCUUCAAUGGAUGCUUUCAUGGUGGAAGAUUACGUGGAUUUGUCUCAGUGGACUGAUCUCUGCACAGAUGCAGAAGAGUUUGAGGCAGAGUCCUGGAGUCUUGUUGUGGACCCAAUAUUCUGUAGCAAGCAAGAAAAAGAUGUCAUCAAGCGUCAGGAUGUCAUAUUUGAGCUGAUGCAAACAGAAGUACAUCACAUCCAUACUCUGCUCAUUAUGUCUGAAAUAUUCAGGAAAGGGAUGAAGGAAGAACUGCAGCUCGAUCACAAUACAGUGAACAGAAUAUUCCCCUGCUUAGAUGAGCUACUGGAGAUGCACAGGCAAUUCUUCUGCAGAAUGAAGGACAGGCGGCAGGGAUCAUGUGAGGCAGGGAAUGAACGUAAUUUUGUCAUCAGCAGAAUUGGAGACAUCCUUGUGCAGCAGUUUUCAGAGGAAAAUGCAACUAAAAUGGAGAAAAUAUAUGGAGAGUUUUGCAGCCAUCAGAAAGAAGCUGUUAAUCUCUUCAAGGAGUUGCAACAAAACAAGAAGUUCCAGAAUUUUAUCAAACUGAGAAAUAGUAACCUGUUGGCACGACGCCGAGGAAUCCCCGAGUGCAUUUUGCUCGUCACCCAGCGAAUCACCAAAUACCCUGUUCUGGUUGAAAGGAUAUUGCAGUACUCAAAAGAAGGAACAGAGGAACAUAAAGACCUGUGCAAAGCUCUUUGUCUAAUCAAGGAUGUGAUUGCAGCAGUAGAUUUGAAAGUGAAUGAGUAUGAGAAAAAGCAAAAGUUGUUGGAAAUUCUCUGCAGAACUGAAAACAAAACAUACACAAAGCUGAAAAAUGGCCAUAUCUUUAGGAAGCAAGACUUGAUGAGGAAAGAGAGGAUACUUCUUCAUGAAGGUUUAGUGUACUGGAAGACAGCGACUGGUCGUUUCAAAGACACCUUGGCUCUGCUUCUAACUGAUGUACUAUUGUUCUUACAAGAAAAGGAUCAAAAGUACAUCUUCGCAGCUGUUGACCAGAAGCCUUCAGUUAUCUCCCUUCAGAGGCUCAUAGUAAGAGAAGUAGCCAAUGAAGAAAGAGGGAUGUUUCUGAUUAGCGCUUCAUCUUCAGGGCCUGAGAUGUAUGAGGUCCAUACGAACUCCAAAGAAGAGCGUAACAACUGGAUGAGGCAUAUUCAAGAUGCAGUGGAAAGUUGUCCAGAGGAAAAAGAAGAAGAAGUAAAAAUGAAUGAAUCUGAUGAAGACAGGCGUAUUGCUGAGGCCAAAGCAUACAGAAUUCAGAAAUAUCAAGAGUUGCUGAGUAAUCAGGACCAGCAAAUCUGCAAUUAUUUGGAAGAGAAGUUGCACGUGUAUGCAGAACUGGGACAUAUGUGUGGGUUUGAUAAUGUUCGUGUAGAACCUCACCUCCUUAUCAAACCUGAUUCAGGAGAAACUCCACAGGCUGCUCCAUUGCUGGCAGCAGCACUCAGAGAAGUUGAAAGUCUCCGUGAAGCUGUCAUAACAUCACAUGUGAGCCAAACAGACAGAUCACCAGAGGAAAGCAUUGAGGAAAUAAGUGUGAAGCAUAGAUUUACUGCCAAUGAAAACUUGGAAUCUCUUCUGGAUGAUGCAGAAAUAAAAGAAGCUGCAGAAUCAUCAGAAAUUGAUCUCAGUGUUGAAAAGGAAAUGGCAGGUGCCAAUCUUGAGAAUAAGGAAGGAAGUAUGAAUUUCAGAGGAUAUACAGGCACAGAAAUUGUACAAGCAAUCCAGAACUUAACCUGUCUCUUGUACAGCAUACAGGCAGCACUGGCUAUCCAGGACAGCCACAGAGAGCUCCAUAGGUUACUCCUGCAAGAGAAUGAGAAGACUGGUCGGGGCCAUGGUUCUCGGCUAAACAUCCUUUUGGAGCAAGAAAAAUAUCAGAAUCUGGAAAAGCAAAGGGUGGAACUGGCCAACAUACACAAAUUGAAGCAGCAGUUUCAGCAAGAGCAGCAGCGAUGGCUGCGUGAAUGCGACCAGCGGCAACGGGAGUGGGAGGCACAGGAGGCCCGUCUGGGGCAGCGGGAGCAAGAGUGUGGGUGCAAGGAGGAGCUGCUGGAAAGGAGCCAACAGAGACUGGCACUGCAGCUUCAGGAGUACCAGCAGAGCCUGGAGAGGCUCCAGGAGGGCCAGAAGAUGGUGGAGAGAGAAAGAGACAAUGUGAAAAUGCAGAAGAAACUCUUAUGGCACUGGAAGCAUGGUCAGCAAAGCAACCUGUUUUCAUCCAGAGUGGUCAAUGAGAUAAUGGGACGUAAUCAAUUGGACAGCUUAAAUGGUGAAAAUGAAUUCUACUUCAAUGAAGCUGUAGUAUGUGUGUCUUUAAGGAGUCUCGACAGAUCAGAUUCUUCUCUCGUUUAUGAAGAUGGUGUGUUUGGGCUGAAUACCUCAAAUUCUGAUGUAGCAAGGACUAGUGAAAAUCAGGCGGACGUCAAAAUGGACACUUCUUGUCAGCCAGCAUUAACCAGUGCACUGUGGAAAUCCACUGAUCCUUACCAGCAUGUGUCUCUUUCCUGCAAAAACAACAAGGAUUCCUUUAAUAAUGAUCUGAACACAUCACAGACCCAGGGUCCUGAAACAAGCAUUCCAAACAAGGGAUCCAUCCAGUUGCCACAAGUGGACACACUGGUGCUGAGCCAUCAGCCUGAGAACCUGCAGGACACAGAAAGUGGAGGCAGAGUAGAAGAGAAGAUUGUUUACCUCUGAUGGCUUGUCUUCUAAUCUCAGUAGCACUUUGGAAAUAUAACCAUGUUUGCUUUUCUAAGUAUCUGUAGCUGCUCUCUGUAUGACCAGCUGGCUUUAAGGAUAGUGUUUAAUAUUAAAUGUAAAUUUUUUCCCUUGAUAAAUACAGCAAUUAAGUUAUUUCGAAGCCUUUGUUGUAUAAUCUUUAAUUUAUGAUUUAAUUUUAACUGCUUUGCAAGAAGCAGUGAGUAGCAGGAGAGACAUUUUGGAAUUGCAAAGAUGCCACCAGGAAUUGUGAAAACUAAUGUUGAUUUUCUCAUGAGUCCUCUUUUUAAAAGGACAAACUAGGAGAGACAGGCCUGCUAUUUGAGAUUUGAGAGUGUGUAUCACUAACCUUCUAACAGUUGUGAUAUAACAUGAGAAGACAGCAAUCUAAGAAUGAUGGUUAUAGUCUUAGCUGAAAUGUGCCAUGUACACUUCUCUGUUGGGUCAUUUUCUUUAUCCUCUGGCUCAGGAACUGUUCAGCAGAAGAUGUUUUUUAUGCAUAAGUGUAAGUGUUUGUUCAUGUCCCAAAGCCUAUCAUCAUUAUGGUACUAGUGCCAGUUUCUGUGCAGAGAUGCAGUAAAUCCGUUUGUUAUUGUAUUAUAUCUCAUUUCAGUAAGUGCCCUUAUGCAUUAAAAUUUACCAGAUGAAACCAUCUCACUGGUCAAAAGACAAGAAAGGGAGGAAAUAGAAGGCUUCUAGUUAACUGAACCCUUCUGAAACUCCACUGCUUUCCCAUGUAGGAGCCAGGUAGCUUUCUGCUUUCAGGUUCCUGGGGUUUUCUGUGUGUAGGCAGCAAGAAACCAGGACCUGUUUCAUGCCUUUUCGUCUUUCAGAAAUAUUUGUACACUUCCGUCAAAUUGAAUAAAUUUUCUGUGUGUUUCUGCAAAACUGUAACUUUGAUUCAUUGGCAGAUUCUCCAAAGAAAUAGGAAAACAGGAGGAAAAUGAAAAAAUAAAUAAAGUUCUAACUUUGUUUGCA